AUGCAUAAGUGGGAUACACUAAGAAACCCAUCUAGGCAUAUUGAAAGAGUAUUUAGCACACAAUCAUCACAAGAAGUAGCAAAUAACCGACUUCGGCUUAAUUCAACUAUAGAGAGUGUAAGGUUGUUGGCAAACCAAGGAUGUGCUUUUAGAGGUCAUGAUGAAUCGGCUAAUUCAUCCAAUUGUGGCAAUUUCAAUGCGGUUUUGCAAGCCUUUGGUAGAGUUAAUUUAGAAGUCCACAAAGUCUUACAUAAUGCUCCUGGGAAUGCCAAGUAUAUUUCUCCAAUUAUUCAAAUACAAAUCCUAAAUAUUCUUGGUAACAAAGUUAGAACCAAGAUUCGUGAGGAAGUGGGAGAUGCUAAAUUUUGUAUCCUUGUUGAUGAAGCGGUUGAUGUGUCUAAUAGAGAACAAAUGACUAUCAUUCUUCGAUUUGUUGAUUGUGAUGGGUUUAUUAGAGAACGAUUUUUCAAAGUUAUUAGUGUUGCAGACACUUGUUCUCAAACUCUUAAAAAUGAGAUAUCCAAAGUCCUUGCCCAAUAUGAUCUUCAAGUAGAAAAUAUGCGUGGCCAAGGUUAUGAUGGUGCUAGCAACAUGCGGGGUGAAUUUAAUGGUUUACAAGCUUUGUUUCGUGAAGAGUGUCCAUAUGCAUAUUAUGUGCAUUUCUUUGCUCAUCGCUUACAAUUGACUUUAAAUGCCGCAGCUAAAGGAGUGCAUGAUAUUUGGCAAUUCUUUUCAACUCUAAAUGUGAUUGUUAAUUUUGUUGAUUCUUCUGCAAAACGGCAUUCAGCAUUAAGAGUCAUCAGAGAAGAAGAAAUUGCAGAUUUAGUGGCUGCAGGUACCCUUGAGACAGGUACAGGGGCUAAUCAAACUUGCACUUUGCAACGAGCAGGAGCUACUCGUUGGAGCUCACAUCUUCGCUCUAUUUCAAGUUUGAUCAAGUUAUUUGGAGCUACUCAAAAAACUCUUGCAGAUUUGGUUGCAAAUGGACCAAAUAAAUUACAAGGAGAAGCAAGGAGUGUAGGUAGGGCUAUGAAGCGUUUUGAUUUUGUGUUUUGCUUGCUUUUGAUGCAUGAUGUCAUGAAGAUUACUGACUUUCUUUGUCAGUCAUUGCAAAAAAAAGCCAUAGACAUCUUGAAUGCUCUAAAUUUUCUUUCAAUAACAAAAUCAAAAGUUCAAGAUAUGAGAGAAGAUGGUUGGGAUGAUUUGAUUAUGAGGGUUAAAUCAUUUUGUUGUGAGCAUGAUAUUGUUAUGCCAGAUAUGUCUGCUCCUUACAAGAAAGGUACAGAGUGGGCUUAUGAACAAAAUAUUACAAAGGAGCAUUUUUUUCGGGUCAAUAUACUUAAUGCUGUAAUAGACUUUCAGUUGGCAGAGCUGGAUAGUAGAUUUACAGAUAAGUCAUUGGAGCUUCUUGUUCUUAGUGCUACAUUUGAUCCACGUGAUAAUUUUCAGUCAUUCAGAUAUGAAGAUGUUUGCAAUCUUGCUUUGAAGUUUUAUCCUAUGGAUUUUUCAUCAUCUGAUAUUCUUGCUCUAGAUAUGGAGUGUGGAUAUUUUCUAACAGAUAUUCAGAGGGAUCCAAGAUUUGCCAAGACAACUUCUGUGUCUGAUUUGUGUCGGCGGUUAGUUAAAUCAAGAAAGUCAGCAUUCUUUCCUAUGAUUUAUAGAUUGAUUUGUCUUGUGUUGACUCUGCCAGUUUCUACAGCAACAACAGAGAGAGCAUUUUCGGCUAUGAACAUCAUCAAAAAUAAACUUAGAAAUAAGAUGGAAGAUGACUUUCUUGAUGAUUUGAUGGUUCUCAACAUUGAAAAAGAAUUUGCUGAUAGUAUUGACAAUGAUUCUGUGAUUGCUGAGUUUGAAAUGAGUGGGCCUCGGAGGGUACGAUUUAGUUAG